AGUGCAUUUACCAAUCUGUCACUCGCACAUCGAUAUAUUUCAGAGGGCAGCACCGACCAAGAACUUAUUAUGUCAGUAUUCAGUGUACGCCCGGGCCGGGGCUAAAGCGGACGCGUUCCAGGGUCGAAUCGAUCCUCCCAAAAAAACCACGAAAUCGUACCAAUAAUCCCACGCGAACACCAAAACACACCCCAAGAUGGCACACCAUGAAUAAAAAAUGUAGGAAAACAGUCAAAAUAACAUCAUAAAUGGUACGCAAAGUGUUCAAAUCGUUCCACAAAUCCCGGACUAUCGUUUACCAGGAUAAGAGUGAGACAGCGCUAAGCAAAAAGGAUAGCCUCGUCGUUUGUGUAAUAAUUAAAAUUUGUAAUCUGUGUGUCAGUGUUUCGAAUUCGCGUUCGAUUUUCAAAAUCGUCCCAUAGACUAUAAUUACAGUGAUCUGUGAAAUUAAAUUUCGAAUGGAAUGAACGAAAUGUUGUGUUAAAAGAUAUAAUGUGCAUUUAUUGAUGUUUUUAUAAUACUAAAUCCUGCCCUUGUACCAUCCAAGUCUUCUAAAACAAUAUUUCAAGAAUUGUGAUCUGUACAUAAAAAGAACCUAUUACAAUAAAUAAAUAAAUAUAACAUGCCCCAAAAAGAACCUAGUGAAAGACAAUAAAUUUAAAAAAUAAAAGCUUAUCCAAAAAAUAAUCUAGUAAAUCAUAGACAAAUAGUAAAAUAAUAGAUAAAUUAACAAAAAAGAAACCUACUAAAUCAUAGAUAACUAAAAAGCAUAGAAAUCUUUAUCCAAAAAAGUACCUUGUGAAUUAUAGACAUUUAAUAAAAUAAUAGAACAUUAGCUAAAGAACCUACUAAUUACAUAGACAACUUAACUCGCUAAUGAAUGACAGUUAAUAAAUCGCCAAGUUUUGGCCAAGUGCGAAACGAUGUGCUAGCCAGAACCACAGAUAAAAAUAAAAAGUGACAGAUGUGUGAGUGAGUGCAAAAAGGUUUUAUAAUGGCCACGCCGCCGGAUUCGCCCGUGGAAGAACACGCAUAUGAAUUAGAACCUUCUAGAACGCCAAAACCGAUCCCGGUUGCUUUAGAGGAGCUGUGCAGACAGACGAAGUUCUCAAAACAGGAGAUCAGGGUCAUGUAUCGGGGAUUCAAAACGGAAUGUCCGGAAGGGGUGGUCCACGAAGACUCCUUCAAGGAUAUCUAUGCCAAAUUCUUUCCACAUGGAAACUCAGCGUUGUACGCGCACUAUGUGUUCAAAGCCUUCGACGUCAACUGCAGUGGCGCCAUCAGUUUUAGGGAGUUACUAGUUACCCUGUCGACCUUACUCCGUGGGUCGGUGUACGAGCGACUGCGCUGGGCGUUCCGCCUUUAUGACGUUGAUGGUGAUGGUGCCAUCACCAGGCAGGAGUUGGCUGAGGUGGUGGUGGCAGUUCACGAGCUGCUGGGAAGACGCGCGCCUCCAGGGUCACCUGCCUCCAGGGUUGACGAUGCCAAGGCUAACGAACAGGUGGACCGCGUGUUCAGGAAGCUGGACCUGAACCAGGACGGCGUGAUCACGAUCGAGGAGUUCCUGGAGUCGUGCCUCAAGGACGACGUGAUCACGCGCUCGCUGCAGAUGUUCGACACAGUGCUAUGACGGCAGACUGACGUGGACUCCAGGGUCGUAAUAAAGCGCACAUACCACCACGCAUGCCACUGCCACGGCCUUUACAAUAUGGCGGCGGCGUGGCUCUCGCGCGCCAACCUCGCGCGCUGCGCCGCAGCCGUAGACAACCUCUACCGGCGAGUGCUCAAGCCGAGGAUCAGGAGCGUACUGUUUUUCCAUUUCUAGACUUUUUUUAAUUAAUUGUUAGCGUGCCCCACAGCCCGAUUGGAAAUGUAAAAAGAAAUCGUUUUACAGAAUAAACAGUUUUUUUUUGUUUGA